AUUACAUGUAAGGAGGACACUUUAACUGGGACGGCUGCCUCAGUUGAUGUUGCAACAAAGGCAAACCUGAACAAACUGGUUGAAAUUGGCCAGAGUUUAUUGAAGAAACCAGUUUCAAGGGUAAACUUAGAUUCAGGUCUAUCCGAGCCAAUUGAAAACGGUGGAACAAAUGAGGAUGCUCUGAAAAAAUUUGCAAAAUUGCUUUCAGAAGAAAAACGGUUUAGGGACUUAAAAUCACCUUUCAGCAAGGAAACCUCCACUUAGCUGAAUUAUUCUUCCUGGGGAUUAUUUAUCAUCUCAUUAAGACAUAUGUUAAUAAUAAUUUAGUUCAAACAGAGAUUGUGGCAUUUUUGUUUGAAUUCUAAAAUAUCUACUGAGAUGGAUUGUAAUUUAAUUAUUCUGUAUCCGCUAGAAAGUGCGUAUUUGUAUAAUCAUGUGCUGUUUAUCUUAUAAAUUGUAUA